AAUCCAACUAACGAUAUCCAUGUUAAUAAUUCCAAUUCUGUCUAGCUUAUCUUUUCCUGAUUUACCGCUGACACUAAAUAAUGUAGAGAUAAAACUGAAGCAGUGUUGUUACGGUAAUUGUCUCACACAUUGCUUAUCAGAUAGUAAUUGUACUUCGCACGCAAUAUAUUGUAAAUGUACAGUAUAUAACUGACUGGAAAUUCUGUACUAUCGUCAGAUCAGAAUCACAUGAGAUAAGUGAGUGGUGAAAUAUUAAUUUCAAAAUGACACUUCACUUUUUGACUGUUGUACUGCUGCUUAUUCAUGGUCUUGCUACUGGCAUCGAUGUAACUGAUAAUGAACAAACUAGCAAUGAAUUGAAGGAAGCGCCAACGACUGCACUCCAAGAAAUCGAUACAGUUUACAAUGUGAAUGAGGACGUCACACUGGCCAGGAACAAGAAAGCUCUGAUGGCAACGCUGAAGGUUGUCGUUGAUUCAUUUUGUAAAUUGUUAAAAAUAUUUGGCGGACGAAGUAUCCGCGAUGAUCUUGAUGUUGAUCUCACCGAAAAGAAGGAGAUUCAAACCGAUAAAAGAGCCUUGACCCUUGCUACCCUUGUCACUGUUGGUAAAGUUAUUUGCACUGCUAAUACAGCUGUCAACAUUCUGAAUAACGUCAGAAAUUUUUGCCGAGUGAUCAACGCUGGUAAGAGAGACAUCCAGAGCCCUGAAAGUGUCAUCGAUGAAGAGGAACAUCAACCAGAGAAAAGGAAUUUUAACUGGUUGUUAAACAGUGCUCGAGAGAUUUGCAAAUGGUUAGAUCGUAAUGGGAGGGACACUGAGAAAGUGGAGGAACUCUACUCGGGCACUGAAUAUCAAGUCGAUAGAAGGGAUUUUAAAGAGAUUUGGUAGUUUUUAAAACAUCAUUUGAGACUGUCACUAGUAAUGGAGAUUUUUACGAAAAGAAAACUACACAAUGUCUAGGACAAUAAUUGAACUUUAGUGUUACCAACUAAAAAAGAAUUGAACUUUAGUGUUACCAACUAAAAAAGAAUUGAACUUUAGUAUUACUAACUAAAAAAGAAUUGAACUGUAGUGUUACCAACUGAAAAAGAAUUAAACUUUGGUUUUACCAAUUAAGUUAAAAAGAAUUGAGUUGUAGUAUUCAUAAUAUAUCAAUGCUUGGCACUUCAUCUUCGUAUCCAAUUUCCCCGAUACUUCUAGUUAGUCCUCAUUUGUUUUUUUAUUUAAAUUGAAAAUGUAAUGAUUCUUCCACUAAGAAAUUAUUUUAUACUACGAAGGACUCAUUUCCGAAUUCGCUUUUAUGCAAACUUACUUAUAGGCUAAUGUUGUCUCAGUAGUUAAAGUAGUUAAUUUUGCGUUUUCCAAAAUCCUUUUUGUAUGAACUAUGACACACACACACAAUAUUAAUUUUAAUAAAGGUGAAACAUGUCAA